GACGACGACGACGACGACGACGACGACAACGACGACGACGACGACGAAGAGGAAAAGGAAAACGCGAAAAUUUACCAAUUGCAACGAGGGUUACGGUCGAGUUUCGAGUUUUGAUUUCAUUAUGAGCAAAAUGCUAGGAACAAACUUUUGUACGGUGUUCUCUGUACUUAGAAGUCCCGAAGAGGGUGAAUCCUUAAAGCGGAUGAUCGUUUGAAAGAAUAUUAAGAGAGAUACUUUAAAAAGGAUAGAGGGUGAGAAAAGAAAAAAUAUAUAUAUAUCCACGUACGUAUACACUUAAUAUAUUUAUAUAGUGUAUACUCUUAAUAUAUAUAUAUAUAUAUAUACAUACAUAUAGUGCGGUUGUGUCGUUCACGCCACUCGACGUUCGUUUGAAGGAAGAAAUAAUAAUAAUAAUAAUUAUUAUUGUAAUUAUAAUUAAAAAAGAGACGAGUCACGUCAAACGAAACUUGUUCGCGAAUGGUCCAAGUGAGCCGCGCUCGAAUAAAUCGAAAGAAAAAGAAUUCGUUUGUCGGUCGUUGACGUAAUCAUCCUUUCUAUAUAUAGACUCCCUUGUGCGAAUUCGUAGACUUUCGUGAACGUAGAGUUUCGAGGCCAAACGUCGUUCAUUCGCGAACGUGUGUGAUAUUAUAUCGAACGAUCGAUAAUUAAUCGUUCGUAAUUUCCAAGAAGAAAGAAAGAAAUAAACGGGAUAAAUAUUCAACGAUCGCGAAGUGUGUGGUGAUGUAACAAAGAAACAUAAGGAAAAAAUAAAUAACAAAGAAGUCAAGUGGUAGAAAAUAAAACGAGAGAAAGAAAGAGAGCAAGCAAGCAAAGAAAGAAAGAAAGAAAGAAAGAAAGAAAGAAAGAAGAACAAAACAUACUCGACCGAUAUAAACGAAAAAUUCGGUCUCCCACGAUAUUUAAUUAUUAAACGUUAUUAUUAUCUUAGGUCGAUAAGGCAGGUAUCUGGUGCGAAAAAAUCUGCCGAUCGAGACAUCCCCGACGGCACCAAAGAUAUCCUUAUAACCCGUAAUGUAUUUGAGAUCGCACAAGGGCGCAGUAAAAGGGUGGUACGAGCAAAAAAGAGAGGCGGUAGGAGGUGGGGGCGGCUUGGCGAGAAGUCGAAAGAAUAACAACAUCAAGAAGAGUAAGAAGAGCGAGAGUAAGAACGAGAGCAAGAGCAAGAGCAAGAGCAAGAGCAACAGCUACGACGCCAUCGUCGUCGUCGUCGCCAUCGUCGUUGGCGGAUCGAUCGAAGACAGGAGGAGACGACUUGAUAACACUUCGGAUCAAAACGAUCUUUUUCACGGGACUUUCUUCCGUUCCACGGAUUUCGAACUAGCUAGGAUUCUCCUGUUACGGUCAAGGUCACUCCGUGGAAGAAUAACUACUAGCAGUAGCAAGAGGGAGAAGAUUUCUUCGAGGCUGGUGUGCCUUGAGCGCGGUAUGAGCGAGGGUGAACGCUCGGUAACGACGCCGCGAAUCGGCUGGCGAAAGCUCACCGAUCCCGGAGACUGACACGAAUCCAGGAAUCCGCCGGCAGAUCCGAAGCGAUAGCAUCGGCUACGGCUUGCUCCUCGGCUUCCAUAUUCUCCUGCCGCUCUAUCUGCCAAAAGCUCUAAUGAUAGUACGAAACCCUUAGAAUUUCCUAAGAUCAAUGUCAUACAAAUGGUAGAAAACGGUCCACCUAGAAGAGCCUCGAGAACCUCCAAGAGAGAUCCCAAAAUGGCGGGUAAUCGGUGUCGGUAGCAGACGGGGGUAUUAUUUAGCCCACGAAUAAAAGAAGAGCAAAAAAGGGAAAGGACUUUUUUCGACGUGUCCUCCUACUCGUCAUCGAGAACCAUCGCCUCGCAAUCUUCCUCCUGGAAUACAUUUUUCGUCGAUUAUCUCGAGUGUCCUUGGUUCUUCUCGUUAUAGAUGAACUUGCUUUCAGAGAAAGAACCUGACUACUGAUAAAGAGAAUCGAGAGAGAGGGAGGAGAGAGAGAGAGAGAGAGAGAGAGAGAGAGAAAAGCGAGGGGAUCUUAAAUCGAUUCGUACCACCAAUUCCCUUCUCUAUAAUCCAACCUUCCCUUUUCCCCCCUUCAAUGGACAAUAAUAAUCCAUAAGAAGUAAAUAUUAGUGAUAAUAUGUAGUAGUGGUAGAAAUAGAUCGGGAAGAAGGACAAGAAUAUAAAUAGUCGAAGAGGAGGAGUCGCUCUCGUGAAGAAGCCACGAAGAAAUCUUUGCAAGAAUCGCGAUUGCCUACUCGUCCUCUAAAUACCUUAGGAAGAGAGAAAGAGAGAGAGAGAGAGAAAUAAUAAGAAAUUAAGAACAAGUUUUAUUUUGUUGUCCUACGUGAUCGAUCGAUCGAUCAUUGUCGUCGUCGUCUUCAUCUUCAUCAUCAUCAUCAUCAUCAUCGUCGUCGUUGUCGUCGUCGUCAUCAUCGUCUCACAUCUUCAUCAAUAUGCCGCCGACGCCAAGCAAGUUGAAUCUUAGCUUCGCCAGAAACGCUUACAGCGUCUUUGGAACUCGUGCUACUGGCACGACGACGGAACAACAACGCGAACAAAAAACGGAACUUCUGGAGGGUAAGAAUGGUACGAGAGGCAAUGGCCUCCUUCAUCUGAAAAAUGGCGUGGAUUACAUCAACCCGGGCGAAGAAGAUCAGAUGGAAAUUUAUGGUUACAAAAGAAAUCAUGUUCUGACCGUGAUUACCUGGUUCUUUAUCUUCGUUACCGGUGGUCUCUUGCGAUUGGUUUUCCAUUGGGUACCACGUCUUAUGUUGCAAGCUACUCAUUCCAAAUGUCCUUUGGACGAGGCCGAUACUGUUCUUUUAGUCGAAAAGUUUCAAGGAAAGCAUACUAGUUAUUACGUGAAAAAAUUGAGAACGUUAGCAGCUCGCGAUGUCAUGAAUAUACCGUUCGAUGGGGAAUCAUUGAUCGAUAACGAGCCAUGGAUGGAUAAUGGAAGCAUGAUAACUAUCAAGGAAGAGAAGGAAGAAAUUCCAACAUUGUCCGUGCACUUGGUUGGCGGACAUUUUAAACAGGUUCAAUCGAUCGUCGUUUUUAAUUGCAAAAAAUUAACGUACGUAUGGGAUACGGAAAGAUCUGAAUUUUUAAAGUUGCGUGGACUUGACAUUGGUGUUCUAAAUUCGUCUCUACACCAAAUGCAAGGUUUGAGUGCUCAAGAACAAUACAUGAGACGAAAUGUUUAUGGAAACAAUGAAAUUGUAAUUCCAGUAAAAAGCAUAAUAACGUUAUUGUGUCUCGAAGUACUCAAUCCGUUUUACGUCUUCCAACUAUUCAGUUUCUGCUUAUGGGUAGCGGAUGAUUAUUAUUAUUAUGCGAUGGUUAUUCUGAGCAUGUCCAGCGCUGGUAUCAUAAUGGCGGUACUCCAGACUCGUCGAAAUCAAGAUAAUCUACGAUCUUCCGUACACGCGGUUUCGUCCGAAUUGGCAACCGUUAUGAGAGAUCGUUCCACUGGACAAACUGCGAGUAUACCAGCAGAACGUUUAGUUCCUGGAGAUGUCUUAGUUAUUCCACCUCACGGUUGUACAAUGACUUGCGAUGCCGUGCUUUUAACGGGGAAUUGUAUUCUGAAUGAGUCCAUGUUAACCGGAGAGUCCGUUCCAGUCACGAAAACGCCCAUACCUUCUUCCAACGAAAUUAUAUACGAUACGAAAGAACACGCAAGGCAUACCCUGUAUUGUGGUACAAAGAUUAUUCAAACGAGAUAUUUCGGAUCGGAAAAGGUACUUGCAGUUGUCAUCAGGACAGGCUUUAGCACUAGCAAAGGAGGACUGGUACGAUCGAUCAUGUAUCCACCACCUGUUGAUUUCAAAUUCGAACAAGAUUCUUAUAAAUUCGUCAUAUUAUUAGCCGGAAUAGCCAGCAUCGGUGUAAUCUAUACCAUAGUGUCGAAAGUUAUGCGGGGUGUUCAGAUAAGUCACAUCGCUUUGGAAGCUCUGGAUCUAAUAACUAUCGUGGUACCACCUGCUUUACCAGCGGCUAUGACGGUUGGUCGACUUGUUGCUCAAAGAAGAUUAGAAAAGAACAAAAUAUAUUGUACGAGUCCGAGAACAAUAAACGUUUCUGGUUCGAUCGAUUGCAUUUGUUUCGACAAAACUGGAACUUUAACCGAGGAUGGUCUCGAUAUGUGGGGUGUGGUACCAGCUUCAGAUAAAAAGUUUCAAUUUCCUGUAAAGGAGAUAAUGAAUUUACCAUUAAGCGAUUUGCUAAUAGGAAUGGUCACGUGUCAUGGAAUCACUAUAAUCGAUAAUCAAUUGGUAGGUGAUCCACUUGAUUUAAAAAUGUUCGAAUCUACUGGCUGGACUCUGGAAGAACCUGACGUUUCGGAUACUUCCAAAUUCUCUAUGCUCUUCCCUACGAUAGUUCGGCCUCCUAAGGGUUCCAAACUUUUAAAGAAAGGAACGCACGAGGUAUCGAUCGAUAUGAGUCGACAAAAUUCUAUGACUUCCGACAUGGUCGAUAGCAUCUCUUUAACCAACUUAGAUCCUGCUUUGACUGGUUCAACAGCCGAUCUAGGUGAACAGGGUAUAGAAAUCGGUAUCGUUCGGCAAUUUCCUUUCACGUCUAGUCUUCAAAGGAUGAGCGUAAUCACAAGAACGUUGGGAGCUAAUCACUAUGAUCUUUAUUGCAAAGGAAGCCCUGAAAUGAUCCUCAGCUUGUCCAAACCAGAAUCUGUUCCGCCCGAUUUUGCGAACGUCCUUCAAGAAUACACAUCGGAGGGUUAUCGCGUAAUUGCCAUGGCACAUAAAUCCUUAAACCGUCUUCCUUAUGCCAAAGUACAACGGAUGAGUCGUGAAUCUGCCGAAAUUGACUUAACCUUCUUGGCAUUCGUGAUAAUGGAAAAUCGUUUGAAGCCGGAAACUACACCUGUAAUCGCAGCUUUGAAUACCGCUUGCCUCAAAACUGUCAUGGUUACAGGAGACAACAUGUUGACAGCAUUAUCGGUAGCCAGAGAUUGUGACAUAGUUAAACCAGGAACGCCCGUUAUCGUAGUAGCAGCGAUCACUCAGCAAAACCAAAUCAAACCACAGAUCUAUUUCACUAAAAGUAAUAGCCAAGUAUCGCCGAUAUCACCAGCUGGUCAAGGUGAUUUCAGUGAAAUGACAGAUCUCAAUAGUGUGGUCAGUUUGGAAACUGUCGAAAGUGGAUCCUUUGGAAAUAACGUUUUAGAAAACGAUGUCAAUUAUCUAUCGGAUAAUAUGCAACGCACACGAAACAAUUAUGUUUUUGCUCUAACUGGCAAAACGUGGGCAUUGGUGAAGCAGUACUAUCCCGAGCUUAUUCCCAAAUUGGCUACAAGAGGUGCCGUUUUUGCUAGAAUGUCACCGGAUCAGAAGCAACAGCUCGUUCAAGAAUUACAGGCUCUUGGAUAUUACGUCGCUAUGGUGGGCGAUGGUGCCAAUGACUGCGGAGCGUUGAAAGCAGCUCACACAGGAAUUUCUUUGUCGGACACCGAAUCUUCCGUAGCUUCGCCGUUCACCAGUCGUGAAACCAAUAUCUCAUCGCUUCUUACGGUAAUUCGCGAGGGUCGUGCCGCACUGGUAACAUCAUUUGGAAACUUCAAAUACAUGGCUGCAUAUUCGCUAACACAAUUCAUCUCCGUGAUGCUCCUUUAUAGCAUCGAAUCAAAUUUGACCGAUAUCGAAUUUCUUUAUAUCGAUCUCUUCAUCAUUUCGAUAUUUGCUUUCUUCUUCAGCCGAACGGAAGCGUAUGACGGUCCAUUGGUGAAAACAGCACCUUUGAAUAGUCUUAUCAGUACGACGCCGAUUCUUAGUUUGUUCACGCAAAUCCUAAUUGUAGGAAUCUUUCAGUACGCAAGUUUUUGGCAUCUCCAACAAAUGGAUUGGUACAUACCCUUCGAUGCAAAGUUUCGUUCGGUCGAAGAUAAGGACAAUGUUGGAUGUUUAGAAAAUUAUACCAUAUUCAUUAUCAGUUCGAUGCAGUACAUCAUCCUAGCCGUAGCUUUCUCGAAAGGUCGGCCUUAUAGAAAGUCGAUCUUCACGAAUUACGGUCUUUUGACUUCUUUCGUUUUGUUAAGUCUCAUUUCUGUCUAUCUCGCUCUCUACCCUUUCAAAUGGCUUGCCAAUUGGUUCGAGCUCGUACUUCCCGAUGACAUAAGCUUCCGUUUUGUUCUGGUGACUUAUGGUGCAGCCAAUUUCUUAAUCUCUUUGUUCGUGGAAUAUUUCUUCGUCGAUUAUCUGGUAUUUAGUAAAUUACGUUAUCGUUGGCACAAUAUCGACAAGUCUAGACGAAAAUUCUUAGCGAUCGAUCGUGAUCUAGCGAGAGAUUUGAAAUGGCCACCAAUAUCUCAAGAACCAUUACCGGAAGCAGCGCCAGAUAUUCUUAUUCGUCAGAACGUCACUGAAAUCAAAAUCGAAAAACGAGUACCCGAACCUUGCCGACCAGUCGACACGAGCUUCAUGAACAGUCCGGUCUGUAACAAUAUCAAGCAAUUCGGAUCUGCUCGAGAAGUGACCUUGAAUCCUAGAUCUCUCUUCAACGAUCGUAGGAAUACCGUGUCGAUGCAAACGGUACCGUGUUUCGAAGGAAAAGAAUCAAUUAAACAAUCCAAAAUAGAACUAAUGACUAAAAGAAGACACAAUUCUGAAUCAGAGAAUGGUAUUAAUCAAUAUGACAAACCCUUUAGAAUUCACAACACGAAUCCGAUUGCAACAUUACCAAGAAAUCCUACGACGACAUUGCAACCGCAAAGAUUAAGAGACUUCAAGGAAAUUCUUGUUCACAAGAGCGAGGAUGGGUUAGCACCCACUACACAAAGCGUCCUCGAACUCGACAUAUUACCGUCCUGAGAAUCGGCUCGUUCGAACGAUCGAUUAUUGAUCGCUGACACGAACCAGGAAGAUUUUCUGUCUGGAUCGGUCGAUGAACACUGUCAUAUAUUAUGGAAAUAUUUUAAUGCCGAUGGAAAUGAAUUACUUUUAUUCUUCGUACCUAUCGGAUUAUCAAUCCUUCGAGGACCUCAAGCUAGCUGACGAAUUUUUAUCAUUAAAAAGUGUUAAAAAGGGUCCCGUGGUAUUUCCCUCGAUCAUAGUUUUUUUGUUUUUCUUUUCUUUUUUCUUUUCUUUCUUUCUUUCUUUUUUUUUUUUUUUUUUUUUUUUUUAAGAAGUACGGACUCGUUCUAAGUAUUAUCCGUUAAAGGACGGAAAGUCGGUGCUUUCUUGUUCGCCCAAUCAACAGUACUUCGAUGACUUUAUGUGAGAAAUUUAAUUAACCAUUUUUUCGUGUGUUCAGAAACUCAAUGAUUUGUAAUUAUUAUCUAUAUAUGUGUAUCUAUAUAUGUGUGUGUAUAUAUAUAUGUAUGUAUAUGUAUAUAUAUAUGUAUAUAUAUAUAUAUAUAUGUAUAUAUACAUAUAUGUACGGUAAGGUACUUUAUGUGAAACUUUAUUUCACGGUUUUAGUUACUUAAUCCGAUUUUAAUAGAAUACGAACUUUUAGUUCUGAUAAUAUUAUUGAUUUGUAGUUUAUUUUUUAUCGUCAAAGCACAGCCUAAUUUGUUAAUAAAAAUCGAAAAAUAUCGAUCGAUGGUAGAACGAUCUCUCUCUUAGUAUUCUUCAGGAAUAUAUAGAGUGUGUUUUUCUACACUGUGUGUGGUUAUAGUAAGAUUUUAAAAAAGAAAAGCAUUUAUAUAGAAACAGUACGGUAUCCCCGACAGCUUAUAAACGACGAUAAAUCAUUUUGUAAGAUUUUUUCUUUUCUCCUCUUUUUUUUAUUUUUAUUUUUUUCUUGUUUGUUUGUGUUAAGAAAGAAAAAGAACGAAAUUCACGAUAUCGAGUGAUAAGGGUCCCUUUUGACCCGACCUCUCUCUCUCUUCGUUCUCCUCUUCCUAACUGCUAGUAUUGAAACUUAGCCCUCUCAAGAGAAAGUAUUAUAUCGUUAUUUAUUUUAAACAAAAAUACAAAUUUUUGCUCGUCCACGAAGCGCGAUCAAAAAAAUGGCCGGUUUUUUCUUAACGAAAAACCAACUUGAGUCUUCGUUUUAUUUCAUACGUGAAAAUCGUCGGUGUUCUUUAUGACUAGGAUAUUGAGUUCAUUUUUAAUUUGAAGAAAAAGAAAAAAAAAAAAAGAAGAAGAAGAAGAAAAGAAAAGAAACUGAAUGAAAAAUUAUCUUGAAUUCUACGAGUAAUUCGAGAUACUUAUGACGUUCAAAUAUCUUCUCUUUUCUCAUUGCGAACUUCGGGAUGAGUCUUCGAUGUAUAAUCUUAUUAGAAACGAAUUGAUUUCGCAUGUAAUUAUUAGCUAGACUUGAAUUUAGGAUCGAAACCAGUUAUCGAUUUCUCGUGAUAUAAAUAAAUAAUAUAUAAUAUAUAUACAUAUAUAUAUAUAUAUGUGUAUGUAUAUAUAUAUUUCUUUCUCGAUAGCUUUGCAUUUAUUUGGAGAUUCAACGAUUCUAUUCAUUCAUCCACAUUUUUAAUUAAUUUAACAAAAUUGAUAAUAAUUAAUUGUAAAAUUUGGAUGAUGUCACGGAUUCUAUAACUGGUAUUGUUUAUCCUUAACGUAUUAUAAUAGGUGAUAAUGAUAAAACACGAAGGACCUCGUGCAUAAAAAACAAAGGAAAAAAUAAAGAAAUAAAUAAAUAAAUAAAAGAAAAAGAAAAACAACAACUACAACGGAAUUGACGACAAGCAAAUAGCGAAUCGCUCGUUGUCGCAAUGCACUUAACAUUAACGCGAUCGAGAUAAUAAAUGUGUACUUAUUCUAAUGCAAACAAGAUAUAGAAAUACUUAAAAACGCGUUGAUUUAUUUGCGACGCUAUAGCUUGUGUUGAAAAAAUAGUGGAUGUCAAAAUAAGGAACGAUAUGUUUUUAACGUACAAAAAGA